AGCCCCGAGAUCUAUCUAUCCCAGUGGAGUGGACGGUUCAGGAAUAAACACACACACAGUCCUCGCCGUGGAUGGUUGGCAGACCAACUAACAUGUACCUAGGGAGAAGGCCCUGGACAGAGGAAGAGGGGGGAGUGUUGUGACUGAGAAAGCAGAGGAAGAGUGACAAAGUAGAAAGAAAGAAGACUGAGAGAAGUUCUUGACAGAGUUUCAAGAGGCGCUGUCGAAGAAUCACGUCCGGACACAUUCUCCACGUCAGACAGGCCGUCCACCAUGUCUGUCCCCCUGGAGCAGGGCUCCUACCCCGGGGACAGGGAGCAGGCAGGUCUGGAGACCCUACAGAGACAGCUCAUCUGUCCUAUCUGUCUGGAAGUAUUCACCAAACCGGUGGUCAUCCUGCCAUGCCAACACAACCUCUGCAGGAAGUGUGCCAACGACCUCUACCAGGUGGGGUCUGGAGGGAGGUUCCGCUGUCCGUCCUGCAGUCAGGAAGUUGUGUUGGACCGUCACGGUGUCUACGGGCUGCAGCGCAACCUGCUGGUAGAGAAUAUUAUUGACGUCUACAAACAGGAGUCCACCAGCUCUAGAUCCCAGUCGUCAAAGCCUGCGAGUCAGCCCACCUGUGAGGAGCACGACGGUGAGAAGGUCAACAUCUACUGCAUCACCUGCCAGGUGCCUACCUGUUCCCUCUGCAAGGUGUUCGGUGCUCACAACACCUGUCAGGUGGCACCGCUAACACAGGUCUACCAGCAGCAGAAGGCCGAGCUGAGUGAGAUGGUUAGCUCCUUGGUGGCAUCGAACAGCCAGGUCCAAGCCUUCAUCAAUGAGUUGGAAGUGACCUGCAAGAAUGUUGAGGAGAACAGUAAGACCCAGAAGCAGACGGUGUGUGAGAGGUUUAACCGCGUGCUCGCCAUCCUGGAGGAGAGACAGAGGAUCAUGAAGCAGCGAAUCACGUACGAGCAGGAGGAGAAGACGAGUCACGCUCGAUCGCUGGUGCGAUCCUACAGAGAGAGCGUAGAGACCAGCACCAAACUGGUAGAGACUGCUAUGACCACCAUGCAGGAACCUGAGAUGGCUGCCUUCAUGAAGAUUGCCAAAGACUUGAUUGUAAAGGUGAAUGUGGCGUCCAGUACCUGCAUCGUGGAGACCCUGGAGCCUGGUUAUGAGAACAUGGACCACUACAGAGUCAACUUCAACGCAGAGAAGAGGGCUCUGUACAAGUUGGACUUCAUCAAAGAGGAGGAGGAGGGAGAGGAGGUUCCUGAGGAGGCAGAAUCAGAACCAGAAUGUGAACCAGUUCUGGACUUAGAACCCGAGGCCGUUCUGGAACCAGCAACAGUUCAUGAACCAAUGGCACUGCCAGUACUGGUGCAAGAACGAGAGCCAGAAUCAGUACCACAGCCAGUGCUAGAGGAAGAACUACAGACAGAACCAGUACCACAGCCAGUGCUAGUGGAAGAACUACAGACAGAACCAGAGCAGGUGCCAGUGGCAAAGCGACAGCUAGUUCCAGAACAUGGGACAGUUCUAGAACCAGUAGCAUUUCCAGAACAUGUGACAGUUCUAGAGCCGCUGGAAGUUCUAGAACCAGAGUCAGCAUCCAGUCAGGUCCUGGAUGCAGAGCCUGCGUUGGAGCUGAAGACAGUGGGAGAGUGUUGGGGACUGAAGGACCCAGCAGAGCUGACAGAGGAGGUCAGGGAUCAAGCAGAGGGGUAUGAUGCAGACCUGCAGAAAGAGGAGUUCUGUGACCAAGGGGGCUUAAAUACACAACAGGCUGUCACACUCUUCUUCUUCAUCCUGGCUCUGGUGAUCAUGCUCCAGACUGUGUGGGCCCACAUCAAGAACCUUUCUUUUAUAUAGCAGAGAACAGCAGCAGGAUUCACACUACAACCCGGUUGAUAAUACUAAGAUUGAGCCUUGGCCAGAGAACCCCACACCACAGGCAGGUGGUCCCUCCUCCCACUCCUCCCCCUCCUCUCCUUCCUCCAAUGAGACCCCUCGUCUCAGCUUCUCUUCCUCCUGGCUCAACACUCUCUCUAAGAAGAAGAAAUGAAGAAGAGAUUGUCUGUACCACCGAGGGCCUGUCUGAACCAUCAUGGUUACAGAGGGCCUGUCUGAACCAUCAUGGCUACUGAGGGCCUGUCUGAACCAUCAUGGCUACUGAGGGCCUGUCUGAACCAUCAUGGCUACUGAGGGCCUGUCUGAACCAUCAUGGCUACUGAGGGCCUGUCUGAACCAUCAUGGCUACUGAGGGCCUGUCUGAACCAUCAUGGCUACUGAGGGGACAGGCCAGACAGAGACAAGGCCAAGAUGGUUGAAAUGUCAAUGAUGUCAAAUUCUUCUAAUUAAAUUAUUUUUAACGUCAAGAGCCGAGAGCUGAACGUGUUUUCCCAGGCACACAGAGAAAAGCAUACUCAAUAUUCACCGACCAUUUUGCAGGUCUUAAAUCUGGUACGUACUGUAAGUUAUUGUGCUCAUGUACAGUAUGUGUUUGGGUAGAUACGAUUAAAUAUAUCUUAUUAUCAUGUGAUGCAUGAAGGGUCUAGCCAGUGUGUGUGUUAUCUGUUGGGAAAUUGUCUUUAGCAUAUCUAGUUUUGUUGUUCUGGCGUUGCAUCGAUGCAUGAUAAGUUGUCAUUUUCACUCUACUUGUUAAUCCCUGUAUACAGAAAUGAUUCACAUGACUUUUUCCACAUUUUGUUGUGCUACAGCUUGAAUUUUAAAUGGAUUCAAUUGCAAAAAAAAAAAAUUUGGGGGGGGGGGGGGGGUCA